AUGCACAGGAGAUUUUUACAGCAGAAGCGCUUACAGAGCUCGUCUACUAAGAAUCUCAUUCCAAUCAGGACAUCUCUAAAGGGCGCUGGUUUGCUUCAGCAGCCCGUCCUCAAUAAAGGCUCUGCGUUUAGUAGAGAAGAGAGAGAGAUUUUCCAGGUAGACGGACACAUCCCAUACGAUGUACACAGCCUGGAGAAGCAAAUGGUUAGAGCCUAUGCUCAGUUUAAGAGACAGCCAAGCAACAUCCUUAAGCACGCCUUCUUAGCCUCACUCAGAGACCAAAAUCAAAUUCUGUUUUAUGCCUUGGUUAGCAGCAGGCUCAAGGAAAUGCUACCGGUAUUAUACACUCCAACUGUCGGUGAAGCUGUCAGUCAAUACUCAGAUCUCUUUAGAAGACCUAUUGGUUGCUUCCUCAGUUUACCCACUGCUCACACUAUGAGAGAGCAACUCCAAUCACACGCCAAUGCCGCUUUUCGUUACAAAUAUCCACCAGGCAUGAAAAAUUCAGACACCGAGAGACCUUUCGAUAUUGUCGUCGUUACCGACAGUGAAGGUAUUCUUGGUAUCGGUGAUCAGGGUGUCGGUGGUAUCUCGAUUUCCACUUCAAAGGCUGCUCUCUACGUAGCAGGUGCUGGCGUUGAUCCAAACCGCAUUCUCUCUGUUGUACUCGACGUUGGCACUGACAACCACACUCUCUUCGCCAACCCUCUAUACAUGGGUUACAAGCACGUCAGAACUAGGGGCGUUGCAUACGAUCAUUUUGUCCAUCAAUUCAUGAUGAACAUCAAGGAGCUCUUCCCAGGUGCUUUGGUUCACUUUGAAGAUUUUGGUUUGAACAACGCCGCAAGACUCCUCGAAACUUACAAGCCCGUAUUGCCAUGUUUCAAUGACGACAUUGAAGGUACUGGUGCUGUUGCUCUUGCUGCAACCAUGUCUGCUAUCGGUGUCACUAAAUCUAAACUCUGCGAUCAAAGAAUUGUCGUUUACGGUGCAGGUACCGCUGGUAUGGGUAUCGCAAACCAAAUUAGAGAUGCCAUGAUAGAAGUCGAUGGCCUCACGUUAGAGGAAGCCAAUAGCAGAUUCUGGUGCAUCGACAGAGACGGUCUUCUUCUCAAGAGCAAUCCUAGAUUGCAGGGUAGUCAACAUGAUUACGCUCGCGAUGACGAAGAGGUUAGAGAUUGGACGAGAGAAAUCCAAGAGCAACCUAAUUUGCGCAUCCUCGAUGUGGUAAAGGCAGUCAAGCCAACCAUGCUUGUUGGAUGCUCUACCAACGCACGCUCAUUCAACGAAGAUGUUAUCAGGACGAUGGCUGAGCAUGUGGAAAGGCCAAUCAUCUUCCCAAUGUCGAACCCUACAUCCCUCGUCGAGGUCGACCCAGCUGAUGCCAACGAGUGGACCGACGGUAGAGCUCUAAUUGCUACAGGCUCACCAUUCCCACCUGCCAAGAACCCAAUCACUGGAAAAGAUUACUUUAUUGCUGAAGCAAACAACGCACUCAUUUACCCUGGUUUAGGUUUAGGUACUAUUGCAUCCAGAUCAUCAAAGAUGAGCAAAGGUAUGAUCUUGGCUGGUGUUAAAGCUUUAGCUAGUGCGUCACCUGCAUUGGAGGAUCCAGAUGCACCACUCUUGCCUGACUUGGCUGGAGUUAGAAAAGUUAGCUUGCAGAUCGCCGCUGCUGUCGUCAGGCAAGCUAUGGAGGAAGGCGUUGCCAAUAUUAAUCUUAAAAAGGAUGAUGAUGCUAUCAUCGAACAUAUCAAAUUUGGUAUGUGGGAUCCAGUUUAUAGACCUUUAGAGUUAGAACCGGAGGAUUUAACGAGUGAUUAA